AUAAGGUGUAAACGAUAAUGUAUCAAGGGACAUUGGUGUGUACUUUAGGAUUUAUAUGCUAAUAAUUGUCCGGAGGACAGGAUCCAACAAAUUGCUAGCAGCCAAAGCUUUGCUCUGUAAAGUGAUUUCUAACAGGCUUCAGAUAUCUGCAGUAACUUGACUAACAAGGAAAACAAUGACUGUAAAAGUCUAUCCCAGCCUUUUGGUAUUAUUCCUGACCAAUACUGUGUGGACUCGGAAUGUGAGACAAGUCUAUGAUGCUAUGGAUCCAGAGGAUUGGUCUCUCUUCACCUUUGAGUGUCCACAAGAAUGCUUCUGUCCUCCCAAUUUCCCCAAUGCUUUAUACUGUGAUAACAAGGGACUUAAAGAAAUACCUGCAAUCCCAGCAAGAAUCUGGUACCUCUAUCUGCAGAAUAACCUGAUUGAAACAAUUUCUGAGAAGCCUUUUGUGAAUGCCACUCAUCUGAAAUGGAUAAAUUUAAACAAGAAUAAAAUCACCAGCAAUGGAAUUGAAGAAGGUGUGCUCAGCAAACUGAAGCGUCUGCUUUACUUGUUUCUCGAAGAUAAUGAGUUGGAAGAGGUGCCUGCUCCAUUACCGACAAGCUUAGAGCAACUGAGACUGGCUAGAAACAAAAUCUCCAGGAUCCCUGAAGGGGUAUUUAGCAACUUGGAAAACCUUACGAUGCUAGACCUGCAUCAUAACAAGCUGUUGGAUAGUGCUCUCCAGAGUGACACCUUCCAGGGGCUCAACAAUCUCAUGCAACUCAACAUAGCGAAAAACUCCCUCAAGAAAAUGCCACUAAGCGUUCCAGCUAAUACAAUGCAGCUGUUUUUAGACAACAACUCUAUUGAAGUGAUCCCAGAGAAUUACUUUAGUGCAAUACCCAAAGUGACUUCCCUUAGACUGAACUACAAUAAAUUAUCUGAUGAUGGCAUCCCCCCAAAUGUGUUUAAUGUUUCAUCUAUUCUAGACCUACAGCUGUCCCACAACCAACUCACUAAAAUUCCACUUUUCAAUGCUCAUCUUGAGCAUCUUCAUCUUGAUCACAACAGGAUCAAAAGUGUCAAUGGCACUCUAAUGUGUCCCACCUCUAUUGCCUUAGAAGAUCACAGUUCCUAUGGUAAUAUGCCACAUCUCCGCUACCUCCGCCUGGAUGGAAAUGAAAUUCAGCCUCCUAUCCCACUGGACAUCAUGAUAUGUUUCCGGCUUCUUCAGGCUGUUGUUAUUUGAAGAUAUCUCACGAUCACAUUUGCAUUUUCAGAGUUUAAGAAGCAAGAUUUGCUGGCAUGAAACUUGUUCUAAUUCAUAAGUCAAUCAAUAUUUUUUUUUACUCUAAAUUCCUACUUGCUACUAUCAUUUUAUAUUUGCAAAUAUUUCUCUUCCUUCAGAAAAGAGGUUCCCAGAUCUACAUGCAAUGUGGUUUUUUUUAAUUCCUAAUGCAAAUUACUGCAAUUAUGUAUUUUUAAUGUUCCUACAGUCCCAGUGCAAAUUCAUCUACUCUUUGCCUGUCUUCUUAAAUUCUACAUUAAGUGUGAGUUCCACUAAGGAACUCUAUUAUAAUGCACAGAUUUAUGAAUUCAGGUACACUUGGCCUGAUAUGUAUUAUAAAAUAAUCAAGUACUAUAGUGCUAUUCGUUAUCAUACCUUACAUUCUCCUUUCUUAAAAUAGGCACUGCUGUGACAGUGAACAGCCUUUCAUUGUAUCAAUAAAUUACAUCAAUUUCUUGUU